CACUGAGGGGUAGAGAGAACGAGAGAGCGAGAGAGAGAGAGAGAGAGAGAGAGAGAGAAGGGGGUGUGUCUUGGAGCCAGAAUUACUACAGCGUGUGUGUGUGUGUGUGUGAGUGUGUGUGUGAAUGUGCUUCAGUAGUACAUGCCUGAGAAAGAGAGAGGAGAGCAGACAGGCACAGGGAAGGAGAAAGAGAGAAAGAGAGAGAGAGAGAUAGAAACAAAAAACGCUGACUCCCACACUCACACACAUACACUCACACACUCUCUCUCUUACACACACACUCACACACACAUACACUGUAUUGGGAUCCAGUCAGUAGCACCCUGCCAGGUCCAGUCUGUUGGACAGCUUGUCUUUUUCUUCUUUUUUUUUGUCUUUUUGGCUAUUUUUGCUUUUUUACACCUGAGCAGAAGAGUGCAAGAAGAGGGACACUGAUGAGACACGUCGCUCAGAACUUGAGGGAGAUCCCUGGUGGUGUGUGUGUGACUGUGUGUGCCACUGCCAGCCGUAGGUGGAGGGGUCCCAGGGGUGCCUCUCGCGCUCGGCCAGGAUGGGCUGUAACCUGUGCACCUUGCAGAAGAGGGAGGAACAUUACAAACUGCUGUACGAGAUCGCUCAGGUAAAUGGGCGAGACUUUUCUAAAACUGGACAUGAAGUGGCUGUGGAAGCGAUGCGGAAGGACCCCAUCGUUGUCCAGGUAUUACGGCGGGGUCCCACAGCUAGUACCCAUGGCAACCUGCAGGAGGUGUGUGUGGUGGAUGUGUGUACUCAGACAGACAUCACAUUCGAGCACAUCAUGGCUCUGGCCAAAAUGAGACCAGCUACUCCACCAGUGCCUGACAUCUGCCCUUUUCUGCUGUCGGACAGCUGUCACUCCAUCCAGACAAUGGAACACGAGUACUUUGAAUGUCCGGAGUACUUGUCCAACCCGCGGACUGAAGUGGAAAGGACGGAUGAGUUUGAGUAUGAGGAGGUUGAGCUGUGUCGUCUGAACAGUCAGGAGAAGCUGGGGCUUACUCUGUGCUACAGGACGGAUGAUGAGGAAGACACGGCUAUCUACGUCAGUCAGGUCGGCCCAAACAGCAUAGCUGCCAGAGAUGGACGCAUCAGAGAGGGAGAUCGAAUUUUGCAGAUAAAUGGCCAAGAUGUGCAGGACAGGGAGGAAGCUGUGGCUCUUCUGUCUAAUGAAGACACCCGGAACAUUGUGUUGUUGGUUACCAGACCAGAGGCACAGAUGGAUGACGGCUGGUUGGAUGAAGAACACCAUGACUUUUUGGAAGAGCUGAAGAUGGACAUACUGGAGCAACGAAGGAAAGAGGACAUAUACCAGUCGGCCAACUGUGAUAAGCAAUCCAAGCUGAUAGAGGAGGACAAAGCCACCUGCUCCUCAACCCUGCAGGAUAAAGACAGCGGAAUGGGAUAUGGGGGUGAGGAGGACUCCGAAACUCGCAUUCAACUAAGGACUCCAAAGCGUAUGCAGCACCAGUGGGAGACAGAGACUCCACAUCUGGUUUCUACAGACUCCAAAGGCUCAGCCAAUCAGGAGCUGAGCCAAGACUGUAAGCAUGUGGAAACUGGAGUGGAAUACGACCAUUUCCAGCAACUUCUGCAACUGAAGUGCCAGAUCCGGAACGAAGGCGAGUGUGGCCUGGUGUACCGGCGGAGUAGCACCAUCGAGUGCAGCUUGACGGAGCAGGCCAGCAGAAGAGGGGUGGAGCGUGAGUUGCGCAUGCUGAACGAUGAGCUGCGCAGCAUUGAACGCAAGUGCCAGAGCAUCAUGCAGGCCCACCAGUUGCGGAGAAGCAAGCGCGACUCUCCACGAACAGACAAGGAAGGCAGGUCUCGCAGGGCCAAGUUGGAGGACAUCAAUGAGCAGCCUGAGAGGAUGCAAAACGAGAAGCUGAGGGACAAGGACAGCUCAAGUGCGUACAACACAGCAGAAAGCUCACGCUCCACCCCUUUAGGCACUGAGUGUUCACCUGAUCACUCCCUGCAAAGGCGCAUUAACCAGACUAAUCAGAGGAACUUGCGCAGCAGCAAUGCAAUUCAUGCCCAUGGGGUUUCUUGUGAAAGUCCGUUAACCUCCCACAGUUGCUCUGCUUACAGUCACACAUUACCUUCUCACAGUACCUUCUCUUUAGGUAACUCUACAUAUACCCACACGUCUCAAGUUCCCAACUCCACUCCACCACUUCAGACCCCCAUUACAAGUCCUGGAUCACAAGGUCCAGGGCAAGCUCUUUCAAGCAGCCUGGAGCAGAGUCCAAGCAACCCAUCCGAGUCAGACCCAGCCCUUCCAGCUGAUGACGAGAGGCACGACCGGAAGAAGAGUCAGAGUCAAGUGGCGCAAGGACGCAUCCAUCCUUCUCCGUACCAUUCAAACACAAGCCACUAUCAGGGCUACAUGCAACUCCUGCAGCAGCACUCGUCCUCCUCUUUGGAAUACUCCCAGAGCCAGCUCAGCCUGCUUAGCCUCCGCGGUCGGCCUUCCGCGCCUCAGCCAGGUCGGCUAGAGUGGAAGGUAAAGGUGAGAGCCGACGGGACCAAGUACGUUGCCCGCCGACCUGCCCGAGACCGGAUCCUCCGAGAGAGGGCACUAAGGAUCCGGGAAGAGCGCAGUGGCGGCAUGACCACAGACGAUGAUGCCGCAAGUGAGCUGAAGAUGGGACGCUAUUGGAGCAAGGAGGAACGCAAGCAGCAGCUGGCGCGAGCCAGGGAGCAGCGCCGGCGCCGGGAGUUCAUGCAGCGCAGCCGACUGGAGUGCUUGAGAGAGACUGGUGGAACGUCCAGUGCUGAGGUCAGCAUCCUGGAACUGAGCCACAAGAAGAUGCUGAAAAAGCGCAACCGCAAGAUCUUAGACAAUUGGAUGACCAUUCAGGAGCUGAUGAGUCAUGGGGCCAGGGCUCCUGAGGGCACCAAAGUUCACAAUGCCUUCCUGUCUGUCACAACCGUGUAGUCGAUCUUUUGUACUAAGAUCCUUCCAAAUGACAGUUUUAUAUUGUGCAAAAGGAGGUAUUUUUCAUGUUUUGUAUGAUGUAAAAAAACACCUUGUAAAGACUUUUCACUCCAAAUGGGCUUUGUUUUAAAUCUGACAUAACUGUGAUUGAAUGUUCCAGAUUUUUAUAUAUAUAUAUAUAUAUUAGCUGGAAGUAUUUGGACCACUUCAGACCUCUCUGUCUUUUUUCCUACAAGUGCAUAAGACUGCCAGUUUAGCUAAAGUGUUUGGUGUCAAACACUACUACUGUACAGCGUUCGACAGCUUAACCGUUUCUGCCCUUUAUAAAGUCCUGUGUGUUUCAAAGUACUUGAAUUUUCUCUAUGGUUUAUUAUGCAGCAGCUAUUCUUUCCACUCUAAAAUGUGCUGUAAAUAGACACUUUUGGAUCAUUGUUACUUUUAAAUAAGUUACGUUCCGUUCUGAACUUUACUUAUUUAAACUCAAACCUGGAUGGUUUACAAACACAAAUCAAAAGCUUUUUUUUUCACAUGGUAUCUGACGGUACCAUUAACAUGCAGUAUUUAUGAUCAUUUUCAUUGUUCCAUUGUAGCUACUGUACCUUAAUAAUAUUGCAGUAUAUUUUAUGUCUGGCGUUUCUCUCACUAUACCUCAUUGCACCUCUGAUGCCAAAUACAGUUAUUAGCUGUAUUCCUGAAUGAGGGUAAUGACAUGUUUCUGAAGGUUUUUAGCGAGUCUGAAUUUUAUCACUGUUGUUGUGCCUAAGGAUCUGGUGCUUUCCACUGUCUGCAAUGACUCAUUUUUUUUACUAUACAUUGUGGUGAACAAAUGUGCAUUUUUGCUAACUUAUUGAUCCUCUUCAAGUAGUUCUUUCCAGUGUAGCCGGCCACUUUGCAGCCAGGUCAACAUGUUCUAAGUGUGCUACUUGAAAACAAUGAUAAUAAAUUAU